AUGGGUUUCUUUUGGCCAACUCCAAAGUUCCUAUUUCUGUCCUUUCUGAUACUGAGCACUGGAGCCGUCUACCUGUACAUGUACGUCAGCGACAACGGAGUCGAACUGGCACCUGAAGAAAGAGUAAUUGGUGCCUUGACUACGGAAAAAGGUCCCAGCACCACCAGCCCAUCCUGGUCGACAAGCACCCUAUCUGCAAAUAGCCUUCAAAAUUCCCUUAGUGACAGUGACAACAUCCCACAUUUCAACCCUACCUCCACCUCUUCUCCCUGCACGUCCCAGUCCCUGGUUCAAGACAACUGGGACAGCUUCGCGGAAGCCGAGGAGGAACAGGCCCGCAGACUCGCCACGUUUAAGGCGUACUGUGAGAGGAACCCUUCAACGAUUAACUACGACUUCAUCGCCCACACGGACACGAUCGCCUCAGAUGUGCGACUUUUCCUGAAGAAGAACAACAUCACAGCGAAUGAAGACAUUCUGCCGGAACAGCGGCAGAGACACGUUAACGACGACAAUGUUUUCGGUGACAUCUACGGCCAAGUCCCGAUAGAAGACAUACUGCCUCUCCGGCACAUCUUCCAGGAGGACUUUGACAUGUUUGGAUACUCCUUCGAACAGGAUUUGGCAGAGAUACUAAAAGGAAAGACAAAGGCAAAGGGGUAGUCGAGAAAUCUUCUUCUUGGUUCUUGAACUGUUCUCCUCUGACAUGCUAGCAGAUAUAACAACUAAGACGCGCAAAUUCUGAAUUUCAAAGCGUUUCAACAACAUCUACGACUCAUUUAACACUUUGGAAGGCGAUUUGGCACAACUUGAAAAGGUGAAGAGACAGUCUAGGAAAUUUCGUCUGUAUGUAGUAGAUGCAGCAAACUUUCAAGUGUAGCUUAUGGUAUAGGAUUGUACUUGAACAGUGUAUUCUUGUCAUAUUGUCGUAUUGCCGACGAAUAUGUGGUGCACAGUUGCUCACAACACAAUUGGUGAGAGCCCGAUCACAAUGAUCGUACGGCAGACUUACGACACCAUUCUUACAACAAGUGUCAUACUCGUACUACAUUGUGUACGAAGGGAAAGAUUGACGUAGACCCUUGUCCGUUGUCAACUCUAUCAUAGCUCCGGCGCUCUGAAAAUCCUGCCACAAAAGAAUCAUGUGAUAUGACCGUUUAGUUAUGCUGAGGUCACAUUUCCAAACCGGGGCCC